AUGCAAGAAUAUUCCGAUAGAGAAGCAAAGAUUCAAAAAAUGCUAUUUGGUCCUCAGCUUGGUAUUCUUUUAUACUCUGUCGUCGAUUUAAACAUUCCCAGACUUUUAGCUUCAGGUCCUAAAACAGCAGAAGAGCUUGCAUCAGAAUCAUCAUCAGUCCCAGAUAAAUUGGAGCGUGUCCUUCUUGCCCUUGAAACUGAAAAGCUCUUCGCUUAUAAUGAACAAACCCGUCAAUUUUCCAAUACAAGCAUCACAGAGUGCCUCCUGAACGAACAAUUUGCUAAAUUCGUAAAAUUAUCAUUAAAUCCAUAUCGUUAUGAAUUUUACAGUGUAUUUCCUGAAGUUUUAAAAUCUGAAAAAACAGCACCAGAACUUAAAUUUAACCAAACAUUCAACGAUUUCAUAAGCCAAAGACCAGAAUUAUUAGAAGAGUAUAUAGCAACCUAUAAGAUGUUUAUAAAAAUAGUUGCAAAUGACAUAGCUCCACAUAUAGAUUUAAGAAAUUCCAGAAAAGUCAUUGAAGUUGGAGGAAGAGACGGGACUUUGCUAAAUGAAUUGGCUAAAGUUUAUAGAGAUUUUACUGGGACAAUUUAUGAGCAGACGGUAUUCAGGAAUUUUGUAGAAAAAAAUAUUUCUGAUUAUGGACAUGGGGAAAGGAUUAAAGUUGCAUCAGGAAACUUCGUGGAUGCAGUACCUGAAGGGUUUGACACUGUGAUCCUUAAAUGCGCGAUUUCUGAGUAUAAUAACCAGCAGCUAGAAAAUAUCCUAAAGAACUGCAGAAGGGCAAUAGAACACGGCAAUAAAUUAUUUUUAACUGACCAUAUUCUUGACAGACAUGACCAAAGCACCUACAAACUUGUGUCUCAGUUAGACAUUUAUGAUCUGAUCGUAAGUGAAGGGAGAAUAAGAACAAGGCAAGAACUUGAACAAAUUUUUGAUAGAAGCGGGUUCAGAAUCACAAACUACCAGCCUGUGAAAAGACUUUUCGUGGUCGAAGCCACUGCAGUUUAA